GUCUCCCACGUGCUUUUGAACGGAUGGAAGCUUGACCUGGGAGCGUUGGUGGUGCUGUCCAACUCAUGUCGAGCGCACGGUGGAGCUUAUCGCUUGCACCGGCCAGUCUUUGAGCUCGUAGCCCUUCUCGAUGCGUCGCGCAAACGCGGCCAUUCUGGCAUUGCGGCGGAGUACAUCGGCAUCACUGACCUCGGACCUAUGCCAACCUGUGAUGCUGUGGAGAUGUCCAACAUGUGUGUUCCAGGCGCCGCUCGGGAUCGCGCUAGCGCUGAGGCGCUUUGGGCUCGCUUGGCCAAAUCUGGCAUUGCCCGGAUGCCAUCUGCGCGAGAGGUGGCCCAGCACUCAGCUUUCUUGAGCAUAAGCUGUGCCACAGCAUGUCAAUUCGAAAGUUCCGUUUCCAUCAACUUCGGGUGUUUGUUGUGCCGCUCAGGAAGCUCCGGUGGUGUACCGUCUGCAGCAUCCACGGGGGUCUUGUGUCUUAACGAGUGCACCAAUCAACCGUCUCGCAACGCACUUGCGACUUGUUUUUUUUCCCCGAGGUGGGAUAUCCGGCACCACUAUGGACACUCCGCUCACAUCGGCUUGCGGCUAGAAAAGAUCGACUUUAGUUGGACACUGCAGGUUCGAAGUUGUGCUCAGGCGUCAGCUACACUCAUCUCAUCAUGA